AUGCAAAAGGCAUUGCAUAUUAAGGGUAUUCCUGAGGUUUCCAGACCCCUGCACAAUCUGGUUAAGAAGGAUACACCUUGGAGAUGGGACACUAGGGAGCAAGAAGCCUUCAAAGGCUUGAAGGAAGCCAUCACCAACACCCUGGUACUCUGCCACGCCAACCCAACCAAACCCUACUUCCUAGAGACAGACACCUCCAGCACAGCCCUGGGUUCCAUACUUAGCCAAUGUCAGGAGGACGGUUGCUUACAUCCCCUGGGAUUCUUGUUGGAAUCAUUCAAGGGUGCCAAACAGAAUUACAACACCCACAACAAAGAACUCCUGGCAAUUAUCCAUUCAUUUGAGUAUUGGCAAAUCUUCCUGGAAGGGACCCUACACCCCAUCACCAUGUUCACCAAUCACAGGAACCUAGAGUACUGGAAGGAGUCUAGAACGUUUAACCGUUGCCACACACAAUGGCACCUCCUACUAGCUGGAUACAACUUCCAAAUUGUCUACUGCCCUGGUAAACAAUCUGGUAAACCGGAUGCCCUAUCCUGCUGA